GCGAGUAAUGAGAAAACUGCAUGAUUGUAUGCGUGUAUACGAACGAAUGAGUGGCUGUGCUUUACCAGUGCAGCCUUUAUGUGGUAGUUUGCCGUUGUAUGUGUUAUACCAAACCGAUAUAUACUAGCAUAAUUGUAUAAAACAUACAGCUCGUAUAGUAUCGAGUGGAUUGUGUGUACGUGCAAAAUAAGAUCUUAGUUAUGAAAUGUAGGAAAUUCAGCCGAACAUUAACAACGAAAACGAAAAGUACAGAAUGUGUGAGAGAGAAGUGAACGAAAAAAAAAAUCAUACAAAAGUGCAAAGAAAAAAACAAAAAAAACGAACGGAAAAUAAAAAUAAUACAAAAGAAAUAUAGACAAAGUGAAUAAACGCAUCAACUAAAUAAAUAGAUAGGAUAAUUUUUUUAACCGUUUUACCCUGAAACUUGGUUGGUGGUUCGUUUUUCGUUUUCAUUUCGCAAUAAAAUAAAUUUACAUGUUUGUUGACUCGAUAAAAUAAAUUCGGGCAUAAUUUUUUUUUCCACUUCAUUCUGCUUUCGUUUGGUUUAUGGAUUGGGAUUUGUUUGUUAUUCGGCUAGGAAUGAAAAGUGAAAAGUAACCAAAUAUCGAAAAUCGAAAGAGAAAACGAACAGAGGAAGAAAAACUAGUAUUCGAUUUUUACUUUUCCAAAAUCGACUGGCUGAUUUCCACACGUCACAGAGAACUUAAACUGAAAUCAAAUUGUGUGAGUGUAGAUGAUAAAAAAAAUUGAAACGAAGUCAACUAAAUUCGUGUGCAGUGAACUGGGAACAGAGCGAUAGUGCUGAUAAAGUAGCAAGAGAGACACGCCAACUGAAUGCCAGACAAAAUGAAUAAAAUUAAAUGACUACUCGGAUGCUGUUGCAGCGCCUUCGUUCAUAGUUUUUCGUCUGUUUGAGUUUCAACGAAAAACCAAAUUUCAUCCGUAGAAAUCAUAACGAAAUAAACAACAACAACAACAGCAGCCAAUCAAGCCCAAAAGCUCAUUAUUUGAUAUAGCAGCAAGUAAAACAAAAAAAAAGCAAAAGAGGAAAUUGAGUAAUUGAUUAAGAACGAGCAAAAAAGGUAGAAGAAGAAGAAGAAGCAAAACACGAGAGAAGCGAUUAAAUUCAUAACAAAAUAUAAUUUAUUGAGAAUGCAAAUCAAUAGCAUCGAAUCGAGUAAAUCGACAAAGACUGAACCCAUUGAAACCAUCGAUUUGGAUAGCAGUCCCAGCAAGAAUGACGUGAUAUCAGUUGCAUCACCCGAAGCAACGACGACGGACACAAAACCAACACCAUCCCAUUUACAGUCAUCAACAUCAACCGCAUCAUCAUCAACGCGUCCUCACAUAGCACAGUCAACACGUCAAACGCACAGUUCAUUUUCCAUUAUCAAAAAUGAAGAAUUUGAAUUCGAAGUGCCGGAAGAGGCUCCAAUUUUCGUUCCAAGCGAACAAGAAUUCAAAAACCCACUGACUUAUAUCAGCAAAAUUCGGCCCAUCGCUGAAAAGUAUGGCAUAUGCAAAAUUCGACCGCCACCGACUUGGCAGCCGCCCUUCACAGUCGAUGUGGAUAAAUUGCGUUUCACACCGCGAGUGCAACGGUUGAAUGAGCUCGAGGCAAAGACUCGUGUCAAAUUAAAUUUUCUGGAUCAAAUUGCCAAGUUUUGGGAAUUGCAAGGAUCCUCACUGAAAAUUCCAAUGGUCGAACGCAAAGCGCUGGAUCUGUAUUCGUUGCAUCGGCUUGUGCAAGAGGAAGGCGGUUUGGAAUGUACGACAAAUGGUCGCAAAUGGUCGAAAAUUGCAAAUCGAUUGGGAUAUCCGGUGGGAAAAAGUGUGGGUACCAUUUUGAAAGGUCACUACGAACGCAUUCUGUAUCCAUUCGAUGUAUUCACAUCUGGCAAAGAAGGCGAACUCAAGCCAAAACUAGAGCCCGACUCCGACGACCAUGAUUAUAAGCCUCACGGCAUUCCGUCGCGACAAAAUGUCACACCGCCAACGGAAACGACGGCCCGACGAUCUCAACGUUUUCUGAUGAAAUCCGAAAUCAAAGCGGAGGACGAAUGCUGCGACGAUGUCGAUGUAAAAUCACCAUCGAAACGAGUUACCCCACAGAAAAACGGUGAUAGUAAAUUAGGUAGCAGCGCUUCCGAAGCGGCCGUCAAUUCAGCGGCCAAUGCACGCGCUGAAUUGCGGCGCUUACAAAUCUUUGGAGCCGGCCCAAAGAUGCCGGGAAUUAAAUCAAAAUCAAAUCAAACCACACCGACUAAAUCAAGAAUGAAUGGAGGCGGCAAUGGUGGUGGCCAAAGUGCGCGUCAGCAAAGACAACAGGUAAAUCGACGCAAUCAUGCGGACCCAUUGGCCAAGUACAUUUGUCACAUAUGUACGCGUGGCGAUGGUGAGGAGGCAAUGUUACUGUGCGACGGUUGCGAUGACAGUUAUCACACAUUCUGUUUGAUGCCGCCAUUGACCGAUAUUCCGAAGGGUGACUGGCGAUGCCCGAAAUGCGUUGUCGAAGAGGUGAGCAAACCGGUCGAAGCGUUUGGCUUUGAGCAGGCGCAACGUGAAUACACUCUGCAGCAAUUCGGCGAAAUGGCCGAUCAAUUCAAAGCGGACUACUUUAAUAUUCCCGUGCAUUUGGUGCCAACGGAACUGGUUGAACGGGAAUUUUGGCGCAUCGUUUCGUCCAUCGAUGAAGAUGUGGCCGUUGAAUAUGGUGCCGAUUUGCAUACAAUGGACCAUGGUUCUGGUUUCCCAACGAAAAACUCACUUUAUUUACUGCCCGGUGACUUGGAAUACGCGGACAGUAGUUGGAAUUUAAACAAUUUGCCACUGCUGGAGGAGAGCGUAUUGGGUCACAUAAAUGCUGACAUAUCAGGAAUGAAAGUACCGUGGAUGUAUGUUGGAAUGUGCUUUGCCACAUUUUGCUGGCACAACGAAGAUCAUUGGAGCUAUUCAAUCAAUUAUUUGCAUUGGGGCGAACCGAAAACAUGGUACGGUGUGCCAGGCAGCCAAGCCGAAGCAUUCGAAAAUACGAUGCGAAGUGCUGCACCCGAACUAUUUCAAUCACAACCAGACUUAUUGCAUCAGCUUGUCACUAUUAUGAAUCCAAAUACACUUAUGCAUGCUGGCGUUCCAGUCUAUCGCACCGAUCAACAUGCCGGCGAAUUUGUCAUCACCUUCCCAAGAGCAUAUCAUGCUGGAUUCAAUCAAGGAUACAAUUUUGCCGAAGCAGUUAAUUUUGCACCGGCUGAUUGGAUCAAAAUGGGACGUGAAUGUAUCAAUCACUAUUCCAAUUUACGCCGAUUUUGUGUAUUUUCGCACGAUGAAUUGGUUUGUAAAAUGGCAUUGGAUCCGGAUAAAUUGAAUCUGGGCAUUGCAACCGCGUGCUACUUAGAUAUGGCUGAAAUGGUCGAUACGGAAAAGAAACUGCGUAAAUGUUUGCUGGAAUGGGGCGUUACAAAAGCGGAACGUGAAGCAUUUGAAUUAAUUCCGGAUGAUGAGCGUCAAUGUGAUGUAUGUAAAACCACCUGCUUUUUAUCGGCUGUCACAUGUACAUGCGUUAAGUCACUGGUAUGCCUUCGUCAUUAUUCGGAAUUGUGUAAAUGUGCGCCGGAAAAGCACACACUUAAAUAUCGUUACACACUGGACGAGCUGCCGUUGAUGUUGCGAAAGCUAAAAGUUAAGGCUGAAUCAUUUGAAACGUGGAUCACAAAAGUGCGUGAUGUAUUGGAUCCAACGACACCGACCACAAUGACACUGGACGAAUUACAAGAGUUGGCCCAAGAGGCAGAAGACAAAAAAUUCCCAUCAUCAGUGUUGCUCGAACGCUUGAAUUCGGCCGUUUUAGAGGCGGAAAAAUGUGUUACAGUUAUCCAACAGUUGGAUAUAAACAAAGUAAGAACACGAACCCGGAAUUCAUCAUGCGAAAUAGCCAAAUACAAAUUGACGAUCGAAGAGUUGGACAUGUUUGUGCAGGAGAUCGACAAUCUAUGCUGUGUCAUCAAAGAGGGAAGCAGUGUGCGUGAAUUGCAACAGAUCGGCAAAGAAUUCGCCGAAUUGGCAACAUAUCUAUUGAAGGAGCCGAUCAAUGAGAUCAAAGAAUCCUCCGUUGAAAAGAUGAUCGAAGAGGGCAGCGCAUUGUGCAUUGAAUUGCAACAAAUGAAACCGUUGAAAGCAUUGCUCGAAAAGGUGAAAUGGUAUAAUAAUGUACGUGAAAUGCGCGAGUCCGACGAUAAGAUUCCGUUGAGUGUAAUCAAGAAAUUCUUGAGCGAUGGUCAUGCGCUGGCCGUGGUUGGUGAAGUCGAUGAUACAUUGGUGCAACAGGAGUUGCACGAUUUACAAAGCAUUUUAAUGGAUGUCGAAGAAUGGGAGGCUGAUUCAAAGAAAUGCUUCGAAAGUGGUACACAACAUGAUAUACCGGAAAUUGAGGAGCUAUUGAACCGGGCCAAUUCGAUUGAAGGUGAACUACCGUCACAGAUAACGCUCGAAGAUGCUUUACGCAAAGCCAAAGAAUGGCUGGCAACGGUGGAAAUCCUACAGGCAAAUGAAAACUACCCGUAUUUCCAUACACUGGAAAAUGUGGUGAAUCGCGGUAAAAAUAUUCCAUUCCAACUCGAAGAACUGAAGCGUAUGGAGGAACAUUUGACCAGCGCUCGUGGAUGGAAGCAAAAAACCAGCCGAACGUUCCUGAAGCGAAACAGCUUCUUAGAAUUACUCGAAGUAUUAUCGCCGCGUGCAAAACCAAUUAUGCUUGUGUCAAAUGUGGGUAGUUCGGCGGAAAAACUGGGCAGCGCUACAUCGAAAUCGUGUGCGAUUUACGAUGAAAAGCAAUUUACCGAAGACAUGGGCCCCGCACAAAUGGUGGUCGCCUUUAAAAAUGCCGAAGAAAAAGAAAUCAGCGAUAUGCGUGCGCUGCGCGAUACCAAUCAAAAUAAGAACCCGGAAAAGGACAAGUAUUGUGUGUGCCAUCAACCGUUCCGCAGUAACAUGUACAAAUGUCAAUUGUGCCUCGAUUGGUUCCAUGCGGGCUGCGUGCGAAACUAUCCAAAUACCUGCACAAGCAAUUCAGCGAAUAAUACACCCACCAAACAGAAUCGUAAUUCCGCUGCCGCUGCGGCCGCAUCAAAUCAAACGUCAAACCCAUCGAUGGCACCAUUGAAUGGGCGUGCUCGUGAUCGUGAACCCAAAUACCUGUGCGAAUCGUGUCAACGUUCGAAAAGACCUCGUCUCGAAACAAUUCUAACGCUACUUGUAUCGCUGCAAAAGCUACCGAUUCGAUUGCCAGAAGGUGAAGCCCUGCAGUGUCUUACCGAACGUGCAAUGAAUUGGCAGGAUCGUGCCCGACAAGUGCUUGAAACGGUCGAAGUGGUCAAUGCACUCGCCUCAAUACAAAAGCAACAAAACAUUGCCGAAUCAAAGAAUGACGCCAACGAAUCGAGAGACGUUGAACAUGCCUAUUCAGUUCCAGUUGAUGUGCCACCGAAUUCAACAGCACCCACAACACCAACACCAAGAACACCAGCAGCCAUCGCACAAAAUUCAACCGCCAGCAAAACCACGACCGGCCCAUUGAUUCAGCUACAAAAAUCCACAUCGGAUAAAAUUGAUGAGCUGAUGAUGGAAGGUGAUCUCCUUGAAGUGUCUUUAGAUGAAACGCAAUAUCUCUGGCGACUAUUCAAUGCAUCUAAAUCCGACAUUACCGAUUUGGCUUUAAUACGUUCCAAAUACAACAUUAUGCCUCAAGUGAAUGAAGCUCUAGUCAGUAACAUUAGAAAACGGCAUUCAGAUGAACACCAAAAUGAUGCCUUCCUGAAAAAGUCAAGAAUGCGCGGCAAUGAUUAUCAGUCAGUUGAUCAAAGGCUAUCGCGACAACGGCUAUCAGACGAUGACGAUGAUAAUGAUGACGAUGAAGACAUGGAGGAUAUAGCAAACUUUGAAAAUGAGCUGUCACGCAACGAUGACACAGCCGAUGCAAACAAUAAAACACCCGCACAAAAGCCGAAACGAGGUCGCAAAAUGACAAUGACUACAAAAGACACCGAUGCAAUGUGCACAACAAUCGAAGAAAGUACGACGAUACUGAGUGACAGCAUUCAAUUGAGUUUAAGCGCAAAGAAGAAGAAACGCGGACGCAAAAGUGUUACGAAUCAAACGCGACAGGAAACGAAUUCAAAAGAUGACGGCCGAAAUGUGGUGACCGCAUCAACAUCUGACGAAGACGAAGAAUGCAGUUUUGCAAAUUGCAUUCGACCGACAGGUCGCGAAGUGGAUUGGGUGCAAUGUGAUGGCGGUUGCAAUGAAUGGUUCCAUAUGUUAUGCGUUGGUCUGGUGAAAAGUCAAAUGAAACCGGACGAUGAGUUCAUAUGUAAAAAGUGCAAAAGUAAAAAGACAAAUCCUGCCACCACCACCACCACCACCGCCACAAACAAUUCGACAACGGUGGGCAGUGCGUCGAAGAAACUCAAAUCCCAAACACUGAAUGGUAACAGUAGUGCGACGGCAGCUAAUGGUAAUGGAACGACUGGCGCUAAAAAGCGAUUGACCCGAUCAAAGGAGGAUGGUAAUCGUGAAAAAUCAACCGUAACAAAUACAAAUGAAAAUUCGGUGGAUAAUUCAAAGGAGAAUGAGCCCAGGCCAAAUAUUAGCACUAAGAGCGACAAAAGCGAUAGUCAAACGAUAAGCACAUCACGACCAAAGGUAACCGAAAAAACCAACUAAACAACCGAACAAGUGACGAUGAUCGUAUUCACCACGCACAUACAUACAUAGCUAGAGUCAUUGAAGGAGGUAUGACGAGUUUCUGCACGCGUCGAUUUAAUCCGGUUUGACAUACACACAAACACACAA